GCGAGGGGGAGAUGAUUAUUAUGGGCUGUAGGUUGCGAGGUAACUAUGCAGAGUUGAGUGAGUGUUGUAGGGAGGGGGGAGCGUGCCUAGGAUUAUUAUGGGAUGUCUCUACCCCCCCUGAUUUCUUUGUGUGUAUGAGGAUGUUCGCUUCUGGUCACUGACGCUGGGGAAAGGGGAGAAGAGUGGACGACGUCUCCCAAAGAUUUACACCUUUUCCGAGCUGCUUUUUUGUUUUUCACUGAUAGGUAGUAACCUGCAGCUUUCGCGUCAGACUAAAGCUGAUCGUACCGCCGACUAUCUACACCUUGGACUGACCUCGUCCGGUCGGGAAUAUGUCGGGGAGUGAAGACGACAGGGACCAUUUUGGACCCAUGAGAGAUGAUGAUGCAGAUGAGCCAAUAUCAGAGGCGGAGACUCCCAAAGCCAAAAAGAAGAAGAAAGCAAAGAAAAGCCGUGAAAGCAGGGCGAGCAAACGACAGAAAGUCCUCAGAGAGGACAUUGCUGUCAGCUCUCCUGAAGUCAUGGAAGCAAUCCGAAUGGUAGAAGGUGAGGAAGAUGAGGAGGACCGAGUGAUGCGAUCUGAGAGUGAAGGGAGUGACUAUGCCCCAAGCAAGAAGAAGAAAAAGAGAUCCAGCUCCUCCAAGGAGAGAAAGAAGGGCGGUUCAGCGGCAGAAAAGGCUGGGGGCUCAUCUGGAGGAAAAAGCAAACGUAAAGACCCAGAGCCCGAGGAGGAAGAUGAUGACGAUGAUGAUGAUGACGGUCAGGAGCCAAAAACUUCCUCUCAGCUGUUAGCAGACUGGGGAAUGAAAGACAUCGACUACACCUUUACCCAGGAGGACUACAACUCUCUCACCAAUUACAAAGCUUUCAGUCAGUUUGUCAGACCGUUAAUAGCUGCUAAGAACCCUAAGAUCGCUGUGUCAAAGAUGAUGAUGGUUUUGGGGGCUAAAUGGCGAGAGUUCAGCACUAAUAAUCCCAUGCGUGGCUCAGCGAGUGCCAACGCAGCUCUAGCAGCUGCCAAUGUAGCUGCUGCAGUGGAGAGCAUGGUAACCAGGGUGGAUGGAGGAGGGGCUGCACCCGUGGCCACACCCACAUCUACAGCAGCUCCUGCUGCACCACCCCCAUCUCAGCAGCCCCCAGCGGUCCCCCUGCGAAAAGCCAAGACCAAAGAGGGCAAAGGUCCAAAUGCACGUCGAAAGACCAAGCCCACCCCAAAGCCCCAGGACAAAAAGUCUAAAGCGAAGAAAGUGGCUCCACUCAAGAUUAAACUGGGCAAUUUCAAGAGAAAACGUUCAUCUAGCGGUGAGGAUGAUGAUGGUGAGAGCGAUUUUGACAGUUUCUCCAUAAGUGAUGGAUCCAAUAGUCGGAGCAGCCGCUCCAAGAGUAAGAAAUCCAAGAGCUCCAAGAAGAAGAAGAUGGAUGAGGAUGCUGACGGCUAUGAGACGGAUCAUCAGGACUACUGUGAGGUGUGUCAGCAGGGUGGUGAGAUCAUUCUGUGUGACACCUGUCCGAGAGCCUAUCACAUGGUGUGUCUAGAUCCUGACAUGGAGAGAGCCCCAGAAGGCACAUGGAGCUGCCCCCACUGCGAGAAGGAGGGAAUUCAGUGGGAGGCUCGUGAAGAGAGUUCUGAGGGUGAAGAGGAGAACGAUGAUGGAAGGAGGGAUGAUGGAGAGGUAGAAGAGGAGGACGAUCAUCAUAUGGAGUUUUGUCGGGUGUGUAAGGAUGGAGGAGAGCUGCUGUGCUGUGACACAUGCCCCUCGUCCUAUCACUUACACUGUCUCAACCCUCCUCUGCCAGACAUCCCCAACGGAGAGUGGAUCUGCCCACGCUGCCUGAGUCUUCCACUGAAGGGCAAAGUCCAGAAAGUUCUGGCCUGGCGCUGGGGUGAAGCCCCUCCACCUAUGCCUGUGCCACGUCCUGCAGACCUUCCAGCCGAUGCCCCGGAUCCUCCACCUAUGAUUGGUCGGAAGGAGAGAGAGUUCUUUGUGAAGUGGUGCAACAUGUCUUACUGGCACUGUUCAUGGGUCCAGGAACUACAGUUGGAGCUGAACUGUCAGGUAAUGUUCCGUAACUACCAGCGGAAGACAGAUAUGGAGGAGCCCCCCAAUCUAGAGAUGGGUGCUGAGGGAGACGAGGAUAAGAGCUGCAAGAGAAAGAAUAAAGAUCCCUUCUAUGCCCGCAUUGAAGAUAAGUAUGGGCGCUUUGGAGUAAAGUUAGAGUGGCUCUUCAUCCACCGCAUCUUAAACCACAGUGUGGAUAAGAAGAAUAAUGUUCAUUAUCUGAUCAAAUGGAGAGAUUUGGCAUAUGAUCAGUCAACUUGGGAGUCUGAAGACAUGGACGUCCCAGACUAUGAAACCUACAAACAACAUUACUGGAACCACAGGGAGCUGAUGCUCGGAGAAGAGGGCAGACCAGGUAAAAAGAUGAAGAAGGUGAAAGUGAGGAAGACAGAGAGACCUCCUGCUAAUCCUGUGGUGGAUCCCACUAUAAAGUUUGAUAGACAGCCGGAUUAUCUGGACUCUACGGGUGGCACACUUCAUCCAUACCAGCUUGAGGGAUUGAACUGGUUGCGUUUUUCUUGGGCUCAGGGCACAGACACCAUCCUGGCAGACGAGAUGGGUCUCGGAAAGACAGUUCAGACUGCUGUCUUCCUCUACUCCCUCUACAAAGAGGGUCAUUCGAAGGGGCCGUUCCUGGUCAGUGCCCCUCUAUCCACCAUUAUUAACUGGGAGAGAGAGUUUGAGAUGUGGGCCCCAGACAUGUAUGUGGUCACUUAUGUGGGUGAUAAAGACAGCAGAGCUGUCAUACGAGAGAAUGAAUUCUCCUUUGAGGACAACGCCAUCCGCGGUGGGAAGAAGGCCUCUAAAAUGAAGAAAGAGGCUUCUGUGAAGUUCCAUGUGCUUUUGACCUCCUAUGAGCUGAUCACAAUUGAUCAAGCCAUCCUGGGCUCCAUCGACUGGGCUUGUCUUGUAGUAGAUGAAGCCCAUAGACUAAAAAAUAACCAGUCAAAGUUCUUCCGUGUGUUGAAUAACUACCCUCUUCAGCAUAAGCUGCUGUUGACAGGCACACCUUUACAAAAUAACCUGGAGGAGCUCUUCCAUCUGCUCAACUUCCUUACGCCUGAGAGAUUCAAUAAUCUGGAAGGUUUCCUGGAAGAAUUUGCUGACAUAGCUAAGGAGGACCAAAUUAAGAAACUGCACGACAUGUUGGGUCCACACAUGCUCAGAAGACUCAAAGCUGACGUCUUCAAACACAUGCCCUCAAAAACCGAACUCAUCGUACGAGUGGAGCUCAGCCCCAUGCAAAAGAAGUACUACAAGUACAUCUUGACACGCAACUUUGAAGCUCUGAACACUCGUGGUGGAGGAAACCAGGUGUCUCUGCUCAAUGUGGUUAUGGACCUAAAGAAGUGCUGUAACCACCCCUACCUCUUCCCGACAGCUGCUAAUGAAGCUCCUAAAAUGCCCAAUGGCAUGUAUGAUGGCAGUGCCCUCACAAAGGCUUCUGGGAAACUGAUGCUUUUGUGUAAGAUGCUGAAAAAACUGAAGGAGGGUGGACAUAGAGUGCUUAUAUUCUCACAGAUGACAAAGAUGUUGGAUUUGCUGGAAGACUUUCUGGAGAAUGAGGGGUACAAGUAUGAAAGGAUAGACGGAGGAGUGACUGGAGGGAUGAGACAGGAAGCCAUCGAUAGAUUUAAUGCUCCUGGUGCUCCUCAGUUUGUUUUCCUCUUGUCCACCAGAGCAGGGGGUUUGGGUAUCAAUUUGGCAACCGCUGACACUGUCAUCAUCUACGACUCUGACUGGAACCCACACAACGACAUCCAGGCAUUUAGCAGGGCUCAUCGUAUUGGUCAGAAUAGGAAGGUGAUGAUCUAUCGAUUUGUCACUAAAGCAUCUGUAGAGGAGAGAAUUACACAGGUGGCGAAGAAAAAGAUGAUGUUGACUCACCUGGUGGUGCGACCUGGUCUGGGCUCCAAGGCUGGAUCCAUGUCCAAACAAGAAUUGGAUGACAUCUUGAAGUUUGGCACAGAACAACUUUUUAAAGAUGAGCUCGGAGAAGGUGACAACAAGGAAGAAGACAGCAGCGUGAUCCACUAUGAUGACAAGGCGAUUGAUCGGCUUUUGGAUCGAAACCAAGACGCAACGGAUGACACAGAGCUGCAGAGUAUGAAUGAAUACCUCAGCUCUUUUAAAGUGGCCCAAUAUGUGGUCAAAGAUGAGGAAGAGGAGGAGGAGGAUGUGGAUAGAGAGAUCAUUAAGCAGGAAGAGAGUGUAGAUCCUGAUUACUGGGAAAAACUGUUGCGCCAUCAUUAUGAGCAGCAGCAGGAAGAUCUCGCUCGUCACCUGGGCAAAGGCAAACGGCCACGCAAACCUGUCAACUACAACGACUGCUCACAGGAGGACAGAGGUAGUAGACGGGACUGGCAGGAUGAUCAGUCUGAUAACCAAUCAGAUUACUCUGUGGCGUCAGAGGAGGGUGAUGAGGACUUUGAUGAGCGGUCUGAAGCGGCUAACUCCCGAAGACCGAGUCGCAAAGGCUUGAGGAAUGAUAAAGAUAAACCACUGCCCCCCCUACUGGCCAGAGUGGGAGGAAACAUUGAGGUGUUGGGCUUCAAUGCUCGACAAAGAAAGGCCUUCCUGAACGCAGUGAUGCGUUAUGGGAUGCCUCCCCAGGAUGCCUUCACCACCCAGUGGCUCGUUAGAGACCUGCGAGGCAAAUCAGAGAAGGAGUUCAAGGCAUACGUGUCGCUCUUUAUGCGUCACCUGUGUGAGCCGGGCGCCGAUGGCGCAGAAACAUUUGCUGAUGGCGUUCCACGGGAAGGACUGUCACGACAGCAUGUUCUCACACGCAUAGGUGUAAUGUCGCUGAUACGCAAGAAGGUUCAGGAGUUUGAGCAUGUCAAUGGUCAGUGGUCAAUGCCCUGGAUGAAAGAACUGGAGGAAAGCAAAAGAGCAGCAGCCAUUGCAGCCGGAGAAGAUCCAAAAACGCCCUCUACUGGGACGCCGGCAGAUACCCAGCCCAACACACCAGCACCAGAAGACCUUUCCAAGAGCGAUGACGUAAAAGAUCUGGAGGAGAAGAUGGAGGUGGACGGAGAGAAGGAGACGAAAGGCUCCAGACAGGAGGAUGAGAUCAUUGAGAUUCCCGAUGAAGGUGAGAAAUCCCCCAGUCCACCAAAGAAAGAGGAGAAUAAGGACAGGGAGAGAGAAACCUCACCAUCUGCAGAAAGGGAUGGAGGAAGCAGAGACGAAGAAAAUGAAAAGGACAGGGACAAAGAGAAGUCCACAGAAUUGAAGGAAAACACAUCUUCAGAUGUCAAAGCUGAAAGUUCAGAUGCCGCAAGCAGUGUAGACGCAUCCAAAACCAAAGAAGAAUCUGAAGACAAGACAGAAAAAAGGGACACUAGCCCAGCAAGAGAUGAGAAGAAAGAGCUGAAAGACGAGAAGGACGGGGUGAAGUCAGAGGACUCAGCUAAGCUGCAAAAUGGAGAGAAUGCCAAAGAGACAAGCGGAGGAGGGGAUGGAGUGAGUGAGGAGAAGAAGAAAGCAGUGAAGCAGAGGUUCAUGUUUAACAUCGCCGACGGAGGUUUCACAGAGCUACACUCUCUCUGGCAGAAUGAAGAGAGAGCUGCCACGGUCACAAAGAAGACUUACGAGAUCUGGCAUCGUCGCCAUGACUACUGGCUGCUCGCUGGUAUCAUACACCACGGCUACGCACGUUGGCAGGACGUGCAGAAUGACCCGAGGUUCGCCAUCCUCAAUGAGCCCUUCAAGGGAGAGAUGAGCAGAGGAAACUUCCUCGAGAUUAAAAACAAGUUUCUUGCUCGGAGGUUUAAGCUGUUGGAACAGGCUCUGGUGAUCGAGGAGCAGCUCAGACGUGCUGCGUAUCUAAACAUGACGGAGGACCCCUCUCACCCCUCCAUGGCACUCAACACACGCUUCAGUGAGGUGGAGUGUCUGGCGGAGUCACACCAGCACCUCAGUAAAGAGUCCAUGUCAGGAAACAAGCCUGCUAAUGCAGUCCUACACAAAGUUCUCAAACAACUGGAGGAGCUUCUCAGCGACAUGAAGGCAGAUGUCACCCGGCUCCCGGCAACCAUCGCUCGAAUACCGCCCGUCGCUGUGCGGCUGCAGAUGUCGGAAAGAAGCAUCCUUAGCCGGCUGGCAAGCCGAGGACCGGAGGUCACACAGACGCAGGCGCCACGCUGAUGACCCCUGGAUGAGUUUUUCACUCGUACCUCCCAUAAGUCACGAUGAGGAAUCAUCUCACAUACAUACAGACAUGCACCUGGGUCAGGUGAUCAGAUGCGUUGUAUAUAUCUGAAAUAAGUUCCAGCUGCCUGCACUAGUUUGGACAGAAGGAGAGUGGAGCGGUUCCUAGCUAACACACUGUGGUUCUGUAACAUUUUAUGUAAAGCUCAAUUUAGAGGCAUUCCACCUUCCUCCAUUUGAAAUUUUUGUGAACGCACACCUGCUGACCAGAGAGAUGUGUAUGUAUGUUAGAAUACACAACACCCAAAUCAUUGUCCAGUAUAAAUCCAGUUCAGGUUUUCCAGGUCACCUUCUCUGUACUGUUGUUGUCAAUGCAAGGCAAGGUGUGGAUUUCUGCCUUGUGUGGAAUGGAUCUUUACAGUGGGGACCCUUUCCUCCUCAGGUGUGUUUUAUGUUGUAAUUCACACUAGUUGAAUCACUGUUUUUGUGCAUUUCCACAAUUAUGCUCCAAGCUUGAAUUUUAAAUGCUUGUUUGAACCCUGAAACAUCAUGUGAUUUCCGACUCAAGCAGCAGUUGGAAGCCUAGUGAAAGUUUAUGCUAUUGUAAACACAGUCCCCGUCCCAAAUGCGGUCAUACAUCUCCGAGUCCACACUUUAGUGGCGUAAUGCCGGAUAGACUGUCAGGUAAUAAUCAGCUGAUGCAGGCUCUGCAGAAUUACCCUUCUAAAAACACAUAAGCACUCUUCAGAAAAUGUCACAUGGGACACCCUACAGUCUUGCGAACUUAACAAAUGCAUUUGUGACAGGGUCACAACUCCUAUAAGGCCAUCAAAUGACCUUCCAUUCCUUUAGAUUAAAUAUAUAUAUAUUAAUAAUCAAGAUUUUUUUCUUUUCCAUUAUGAGAACUGCUGCUUUAAGAAAAGUCAAGUUCUAUGUUCACCAUUGUUUAUUAAUAAUUAUGUGCUUGUUAAAGAAAAUCCACAUUUGCUCCCCAUUCUCUCUCCUGAUUGGCUUGUGUAUAAUGUAACUUGAGAGUAAGUCCCGGUUUCUUUUUCCUACAAGAGAAGACAAAAUCCCCCUAGGACAGUUGAAAAAAAAAUGCAGCUGUUAAUUUAACUUCUAAUUUUACACUUUCGGAAGUUUUGAAUAUCUCACUUUGUAAUUAUCGUUGUUACCCUGUUAUUGUUGUUAUGUCUUAUGUUUGUUUUUGUUUUUUCAGACCUGCAAUAAAAAGGUAACAAAGAGUGCA